AUGGAGCCAAAAAGAACACAACAUCCGCCCCCGCCCCCGGAUGUCCGAAAAUGGAUCAUCCCUGUCACCCGGCUUCGAAAAACCGGCGGCAGGUCACUGGCACCGAAGGAUUGGGACACGGAGCAUGAAGUGGCAUGGAACUGGUUGUGGGAGAACGUGGAGCGCAUUUUGAAGGACCUUGGGAAUUUCCAAGGCCAGUUGGGAAAGCCCAAGUCGUUGGAACGUGCGUUGACCCACUUCAUAGCCAGUUGGUCUGAAGAACAGGCCAUGUUCUUCCGCAAGGAGCUCUACAAGCGCUUCUUCGCCUUGGCUCCCUCGGGGCAAGACUUCUUCAAGCAAUCCUCUACGCGCCUGUACUUCCUGGCGGAUCGCGUGGUGGAAAUGACCGUGGAGAUGUUCCGCGAGCCCCGGAAGAUGGUUCAGGAGAUUAGUGGCCUGGGCUUGCGCCAUGUGGGUUGGGGCAUUCCACCCGAGCUCUUCGGGCCCUACACCUCCGGAGCCGUGGAGAGCGUUCGGUCCAUGACCACGGACGACAACACGCAAUCGGCCUUCCGCUUCUCACUGUCACUGAUCGCCAAGAUUCUGGUGCGAGCCGUUUCUGAAGGUUCGACCCUGGUGAUGCGGGCCAUCAACACCAAUCAGGAGAGCGCCAUGAAGAAAGCCAUUGCCAUCGCUCCGCGCGGCAAGCGCGCCAUGGAGUUGUUGAACAUCUCCGUAGGUACGCAGUCCAUCUCUCCUCUCUUUUGGUCCAUUGAGAGUGGCAGCUUGAACAGUGCCAGGGCCAUGAUCGUGGAUUUACUGACGAUCCGUGCGGAUCGUGACGUCUACUACUAUGGUUGCGAUGCCAUGUUCACUCGGCAUCCAGACUUGAUCUUGCGAUUGUGCAACGAUGCGUCAACACUGCUGUGGACCUUGUUCGAUGGGCUCGUUUGGAGGUCUCGGCUGGUGCAAGAUGGCCAACGUCGGGUGAAUUACUACAUCAAGCAUUUGGUGCAGGACUUGGAAGGUAACUUCAGCCCAGCCCUGAAGUGGUUGGCUCACCACAAGGACCCACGGCUGGUGAGCCAUGGCGUGGUGAUGACCUUUGCAGAUUUGCUGUGGAACCGGGUCGCUUCCUAUCAGUUCUUGCUCGGUCGAGGCUAUUUCCUCUUCACUCUCCUGGUCUUCAUUACCAGCCAGUCCUUCCUGGUCCCUGGGGAAGAAAGGCUGUGGCGCAACAUCCUGACCUUCGUUUGCCGCUGCUUUCUCUACUUGGGAAGCAUGAGCAAGCUUCUGUUUGACCAAUGCAAGCUGGCCUGUAGUGCCUUCAAGGCGGGUGACUAUCAGUGGUACUGGGUCGUCCCGGUGCCCAACUACCUCCACAGCACACAACAGGCUGGAAGCGCUCUCCUAGUGCUGUUGCUGAUCCUCAUGUACGCGCAGGAGCCCAUCCUGUGGUGUAUCUCCUAUGCGCAGACUGGAGGGGACAAAGCCAUCAUUUUUACCACCACCUGUCCAGAGGCCCUAGAUGUGAUGACCCCAUAUACGGUCUUCUCAUGCAUUGCCAUGCUGAUCUACUGGGCCUUGCUGAUGGACUUCACUUUGCUGAGCAUGAGGAUCUCAGCCUUUGUUCUGGUCUGUGGGAAUGUCUUGGCGGAUGUGGGGCUCUUUUCCUUGGCUUUGGUCUUCCUGAUUUUGAUGUUUGCCACGGCCAUCAGCUCAUUGAAUCACCAUGUGGAAGGAUUCGAUGGUGUGGGCCCGUGGCUCACAGGUUUGUUGCAGAUUACCUUGGGAAUGUUCCCACCGAGCAAGUACGAAGAUUUCAGGAGCGACAUCCCGGUGCUCAUUGCGGUCUCCGUUUUCGUCGCCGUGCUGAGCAUUUUCCUGGUAAAUCUUCUGGUGGCCCAGCUGAACCAAUCCUAUCGCGACAUUUUUGAAGAUAUGCAAGGCUUCGCACGACUGAAUCGUGCAGGCGUCACGGCCGAUAUCAUCGAGCAGGUGAGCCGAAAACGGUGGUCCAAGUUCUUGAGCCACCUACGCUUUGACGAACCCCUGGAGUUCAAUGAAGGAGAUGUUGGCGUGGCUGGUGGCAUGCAAGUGCUGGAGCCUGCUAAUGCAAACAUGGUCACAGAGGACAGCAUCAAGCGCUAUGGAGGCCCAACGGCACCCAGCGCACCCUGGCCUCAGGAAGACCAGGGAGAAAACGAUGACGAUCGCUUUGCGCGUCUGGAGAAACUCAUCGUGCGGGCCACCAAGAAGAAGGACAAGGGCGGCAAGCACAACAAGACACCAAGUGCAAUGGACGCCUCUGAUCUUGGAGAGUCUGAGAAUGGUGCCUUGGCAAUACCUUGGCCUUGCUGGUAG